AUGCAGCUCAAUAAUCAAGAUAAAACGUUCCUGGGAGCUUCCCUGGCAACUGCUAUUAUUGGUGUCGCUCUGAUAGUUAUUGGAUUCGUUUUCCGGUUUGGAGGUGGAUUCGCAACGUUCUCCACUUACGCUCAGCAGGACAAUGACUUUCUUGAGUUGAAAAGACUAGAUAUGAUUUUUGGCUUGUUCGUGGCUGCUGCUGGAGUUCUUGUCCUGUCCUUCAUCGUUGCCACUAUCUCAGUGGUACGACAUAAUACAUUCCUCCUGAAAGUUUACUGCGCUAUGAUUGCUCUUAUGAUUGUUGUCCAACUGGUGGAUGGUCUCCUAGCCUUCACAUAUUCAGAUCAGAUCAAUCAAUUGGCAUCUGACGAUAUUUUAUAUGAAUCGUUGAAUAAGACGUCUAAAUUAACCCGCCCACCAAUCGGAACCCUUCCAAGCGAUGCUGAAACUCAAUUCUGGGCGAACACUCAAAAUUCGUUUGGUUGUUGCGGAGUGAUGAGUUCUGCCGACUGGACGACUGCUUGGGGUGGUGCUGGAUCAUCAAGCGAUUUGGAAGCUUUGCAUUGUUAUCAAAGACAUUACAAUGAUGGUUGUGAGAAAGUGAUCAGGAAUCGUAUUUCAUCAGAUGCCCAAUAUCUUGGAGCUGCUUCAAUGGGAGUGUUGGUUGUGGAGAUCAUCGCCAGUUUUCUGGCUGGAUACCGUGCCUACACACUGGCUCAUCCUGAGUUCGACGACAAAUUAUAG